CCGUCAUCACCAAUUAAAAAAAUUUAGUGACAUGAAAAAAAUACCGGAAAUAUCCAACAUCGAAUUCAACCAAACAACCAUUACCACAUCAUUCGUAUAACGAUAAGAACCAUACACAAAACAUAAUACAAAAUGUUUGGAGGAUUCGCACCGCCCCAGUUCACCCAAGAGGAGAUCGAGCAGCAUGAGGCUGAAGCCACUGGCACAGUCCAGAGCUUCCUAGCCGCAGCCGUCAUACUCUACUUCGUCCCUUUCGCCGUCGAUGCCGUAUCGAGCGUAUUCUAAAUCCGCGGGCGCACGACCCUUGUACAAUACUGAAAUGGCGAUGACCCCUCAACCACGAUAGAUUAUGGGGGCAAGUGGUGGACAUACUCGUUACGAUACAUACGAAUGCCCCUUUUCAUGAAAACAACCAACGUGUUACCUACUGGGUAUCAAAAGGUGUUCGGUU